GUCACCAGUUCUUCCUAACAGGAUUUUUUGAAGAAGUAAGUAUACUGAAGAUAUUCUGCCGACGUUGCACGAAACGCUCUAGCGCUCGGGUGCAUCACUUGGCGCUGCACCGUGGCAACGAAAGAGCAAGGAGGUUCUUUUGACGCAGCAGAGCCCUGCUGUAAUUGGACCCACGACCGCCCAAGCGGCCGCGAUUUGGGAAAUACAAGCAGCGGAGAGACAAGACCGCGGGUCGUCGAGAGGAGCAGAGGCGUCGCUUCUCGCGGCAAGAAUGUUCCCGCAUAGAAGUCCUGGGCCGGCACGGCGGUCCUGAUACAGGUCGAGAAUAAGUUCUCGCAGGAAGAACCCGUGGCACUGCGAUCAAAAUGCGGACCAUCACGCUAUGGCAGGACCGCGUGCCCGAGCGGGACAAGCUCUACUCGAACACCAUAUGGUCUCUGGCCUUCAAGCCGGACGGCAGCCAGUUGAUCUGUGCUGUGGGCAAUCGUGUCCUGGUGUACGACACAGUCGACGGGGACCUUCUGCAUUCGCUGAAGGGACACAAAGACACCGUAUACUGUGUCUGCUACGCCAAAAACGGGAAAAAGUUCGCCUCCGGGGGGGCGGAUAAGCAAGUGAUAAUAUGGACGCACAAAGCAGAAGGUGAGGACUUAUGGGUCUCUUUCUUUGUUGCGAAGCUUCAUGUGGGAGCCGCUUCCAAGUACUCGAAUCGAGUAACUCGAUGGCCACCGGCGCGCACUGCUCCUGCUAUUGUUCAUUCAUAUUAAAGUGACUUUCAGAUUCAGAAUCAGAUACAGGUUUACCAGUUUCGUUCUCGCAUGGAAAUAGCUUCAAGAAAAAAACCAGGUAUCCUGAAGUACAAUCACAACGACAGUAUCCAGUGCCUUUCCUAUAACCCGGUCACGGGGCAACUUGCGAGCGGCACCGCGGGUGAUCUUGGUUUAUGGUCCCCCGAGCAGAAGUCAGUUUCCAAACACAAGGUCCGCAGCAAGAUUCUGUGCUGCGCGUGGACCAGCGAUGGGCUGCACCUCGCGUUGGGCUUCUACGACGGCCACAUUCACUUGUGCGACAAGAGCGGCGCGGAGAAAGUGGUGAUAACAAGGUCGGCACCUGUCUGGUCGCUUUGUUGGUCCAGCUCCGCGAGUGCAACCGGGCGGUCGUCCACCGACCCGGAGGUGCUGGUUGCCUGCUGCUGGGACCAGACCCUCAGCUUCUACAAGAUCAGCGGGCAGGAGCAUCUGCCGGAGAAAAAACUGGACUACGACCCGUGCUCCGUUGCGUUCCUCAGCCACGGCGAGUACUUCUGCGUGACCGGGAGUUCGGGCAAGCUGCAGCUGUACACGAGGGAGGGCGUGUUUCUGGGAGAUUUGGUAAACCCGAACGCGCCCGCGGAAACGAACGUACUUAACGUUGUGACAUAUAUAGGACUGUACAAGUUAAUAGUACAACCACGGAGUUUUUGUAGUUUAAGCCUAUGAUCACGAGAAUAGUCUCAUGUAAGCUUCGAAGCCAAGUGGACGAAACAAUGAAAAACAGGGCGACGACGGCAAGAAGGGCGCGGUAAAGAAAGACACGCCACCGGAGGCGGGCAAUUGGAGCUGGGCACUGGCGGUGAAGCCAAAAACGAGUUCUUCGUCCAACAAUGGAUUUAACAUCUGUCUUGGCACGCAUGGCGGGGGCGUGACCAUGUACCAACUUCUGUUGUCCACGAUCCACGGCCUGUACCAGGACCGGUACGCUUACCGAGAGAUCGUCACUGACGUCAUCAUUCAGCACUUGGUAACCGAGCAGAAGGUCAGAAUACGGUGCCGAGAGCAUGUGAAGAAAAUUGCCGUCUACAACGACAGGUACUGGCUUUUUGAAGUUUUCUGUCUACUAUUUUCUUCUCCCACGACUUCGACGCGUGUGAAUUGACGUGGUUCUCGAACACAAAUUCUAGGCUCGCGGUGCAGCUUCCGGAUCGCGUGCUUAUCUACGAAGCGGGCGUGUCGGAUAUGCACUACAAGAACAUCGAGAAGAUAAAGCAGAAAUUCGAGUGCUCACUCCUUGUGGUCACCAAGCACCACAUCGUGCUGUGUCACGAGAAAACGCUGCAGCUCAUCGGCUUCGACGGCGUUCUAGAGCGCGAAUGGAACCUGGAGGCGCUCAUCCGCUACAUAAAAGUCAUCGGUGGACCCCCGAGGAAAGAAGGGAUACUGGUAUAUCAACCGUGCAGACCACUAGCUGUACAGUUUUUUGUUCUUGUACUGAGUAACAUCACAAUUUGUCGUGUACGACACGAUAUCUUUCAUCGCUGCAGGUCUGAUAGUACACAGUAGCUGAUGCUGAAACGAUUUGGAAGACAUUACCACCCUCUCAAUUCAGGUCGGUCUCAAGUCUGGUCACGUGCUCAAAAUCUUCGUUGACAACCCUUUUCCGGUUUGCCUGGUGAAGCAGGCCACUGCGGUUCGGUGUUUGGAUCUCAACUGUUCGAGAAAAAAGCUGGCUGUCGUGGACGAGCAGAGCAAUUUGCUCGUCUACGAUCUCUCCAAAUCCUCCACUCAAGCGCUGAAAAACCUGCAAGCCACGACGGCAGACGAGUACUACUUACUAGGGGUCUGUUUUGUCCGUGUGCUUUGCAAGAAUGGGAGUCUACGUGCAAAAAUCGUGAGUGAACCAAACGGAAGAUCAACUUUAUCGCCCACGAAAUCUUUCAUACAGGUCCUCGACCACGACGAGCCGUGCGGAACUUUUGUACACCGAACCCGGUGCGAAUUCGGUCGCCUGGAACUCGGAGAUGGAGGACAUGCUGGCGUAUUCGGGGAACAACAACCUGAGCAUCAAGACGGGCACCUUCCCGCCGCACGUGCAGAAGUUGCCCGGGUUCGUGGUCGGGUUCAAGGGCAGCAAGAUUUUUUGUUUGCACUACGUCAGCAUGCAGACAGUGGACGUGCCGCAGUCGGCGUCGCUGUACCGGUACCUGGAGAAGAAGAACUUCGAGACCGCGUACAAGGUCGCGUGUCUGGGCGUGACGGAGGCGGACUGGCGGCAGUUCGCGCUGUUCUGCCUGCAGAAUCUGCGAUUCGACCUCGCGCGCAAGGCGUUCAUCCGGCUCCGCGACGUGAAGUACAUCGACCUGCUGAACCGCCUGAAGGCACUGCUGCCGAUCCAGUCCGCCGAGGACGAGGCGCUGCUGAACGGUCACAUCGCCGCCUUCCAGGGCCAGUUCCAGCAGGCCGCGGAGCUCUACCUGAAGGCCAAGCAGGCGCACUUGGCCGUGGACAUGUUCACGGACCUCCGGAGGUGGGAGGACGCGCGGUACUACGCGGAAAUCGUGGAAACGCGCGGCGGGGCGGUGGCCACCACGGCGUCGUCGCCCGUGGACGAUCCGCUGUCGCUCACCAUCACCAGUCAGCACGACGUGGUGCGCAGCAGAGCAACGAGCCGGGUCGGAUUUGACGAGGAGGGCCAGUUUUCCAGUACUGAUAGACAUAAUGGACCUCGAAUUCAAAGAGUUGUGUUGAUCAAGAAAUCAACAGUUUUCUUUCUGCAGUGUUAACAGCUUCCACUUCUUUCCCGCUCGAUGAAUUGUUCUUUGAUGUGAAGACUCAUCACAUCUACGUUCACGGCACAGGUAAAUCCGGCGCCGGCUCACCGCAGCAGGACCAGCGGGAUCCUUCGUCUGGCUCGCGCGGCGGCGCCACGGUAGCGACCAAGCUGAUGCAGCGACAAGCGGCCACGGCGGAGGAGGACGGAGACUUGCGGGCUGCCGGCGAGAUGUACGUGCAGCUGGGAAAGUGGCGACGCGCCGUGGAGAUUUUCUGCAAGAUCAGUUGCCUGGACGCCCUGAUACAAACGGUGCGCCGGCUGUCCGCGCACGGCGACCAGGAUCUGUUGCUGAUGGCGAUCAAGUGCUUCAAGAAGGAGAAGCACCACAGUUUCGCAAAGGAAGCCAUUCUGAAGCUGGGCGACAUACCCAUGCUGAUCCAGCUGCACAUGGACAAUCAUCGGUGGGAGGAGGCCUUCCAAGUGUGCCAGCAACACCCCGAACACGCCGCGCUCCUGUAUCUUCCGUACGCCGAGUGGCUUCGCGAAAACGACCAAUACCAGGACGCUAUCGACUCCUACAGAGAAGCAGGCCGCUGCGACAUGAGGUUUCGAAUUAGAAGUAAACAUAUUAAUUUUCCUAUAAGACUUUUUCAUUCGAACCAAUGAAAUAAUUCGGAAAUAAAGGCGGUAUCCACCAACCAAAACGAUACAUUCUACAGUCUCGCUAUGCUGGAAGACUUGGCGGAGAAUGCGGUGACGGAGAAACGGUACAAGGAUGUUGCGGCGCUGUACUACCAGAUGGCCUCGGAGGUAGUCCUGCUGGCCGAGAUCAGCUCCUCCUCCUCGUCGAUGAAAAUUGACGAGGCACUCCGGCGCUGCUACCUGCGGCGGGCGGAGAUUUACUACCUCUACUCCCUGGUCCACGAGUUCUCCGAGGCGCCGUUCACCACGAUGCUGCCCGAGAACGUGUUCAACGUGUGCGUGACUCUGAUCAACCUGCUAAUGGACCCGGACUCGCACCGGUAUCCUGUGCAAAAGCAUCGUACUCGUAUGAAUUGCAGGUAUGCAUGACAAAUCUGGUUUCCUACCCAAAUCUGCAUUACAAGUUCCAAUUUUCUUCCUGAUAAAAUUUGUCAUGCGAUUUAUACUAGUACGAUACUUUUGCAAUGCAUAACCGGCUUACGCCAGCGAAACGCGACCAGGACAUGACGCUGGACGACGACGACCUGCGCCUUUUGCUGUCUGGUAGUGUAAUAAACAUGAUUUUCGGCUUGUUCUGGUGUCAUUUGGAUCAUUGUAAUGAGAGUGUUGAGCGCAACCUCGUCUCAAGGACAAGGAGGUACAAUCUGGUAAAGGAUUCUCCGUCCGACGUCCUCGAAGGACAACAUUUUGAAUGCGAUAGUGACGGAUCAUGCUUCUAGUCAAGUGUUAGUUCUUUGUUCUCAUCCCGCGAUGUCGUGUCUGGAUGAAAAAUCAGGUAGCAAUGGAGGGGCAGCUGGGCGAGCAGCACUGAACAUGGCAAGCAAGAAGUUUUUGUUGCCAGAAGUGCCAGCGCGCGUGUCGCGCGUCCAGAUCAUGUACGUGCUAGCGAAGCAAGCGCAAUUCCUGAAGGCCUACAAGCUGGCACGCACGUGUUUUGACCAGCUGCACUUGAUGCGCGUCAGUAAUCCAGCGUGGCAACACCACAUCGACCUCGGGAGUCUCAGUAUGAAAGUGAUUUUCUUCAUCUUGUUUUCGAUGGAAGCAUUUCUAAGUCAGUGGUCGUACACAGGAUGACAGCAACGUCGAUAUAAACUGCAUGAUUGUAGUUUCGAACAAACCGAAAUGCGAACGAUAAUUGUGAUUGUGUGUCAUAACUUUUUUUUCUCUGUUUCCGUCAGUGAUCCGCAGCAAGCCGUUCAGCGACGCGGAGGAGCUGCAGACGGUGUGUUACCGCUGCAUGAGCACCAAUCCGAUGCUGCGCCUGGGCGACGCGUGCACCAACUGUAGCCAUCCGUUUGUGCGGUGCUUUUUGACCCUGGACGUGCUCCCGCUUGUCGAGUUCGUGCCCGAGCCAUCCAUCUCGACCGAGGAGGCGCUGCGGCUGAUCCAACGGGGCGGCACCAGCAAGAUGCAGGUCGAGCAGCAGGACGCCUGGCGCGAGGGCGUGGACGCACGGACGGGGGCCAACACACUCUCCCUCGGCGGUGGGGGCGCCGGGGACGAGUUCAACAACGGGCAGCGCGAGGACCUCUUCGUGCAGAAAAUGCUGGAGGCCGGCAACGUGUUCGUGCCCGGUGACGCCUACGCGGUUCUGACGGUCGAUCGGGAAGUGCUGCAGGAAAUGCCCCCGGAGGAGGUGUUCGUGAUGGACUACUCGCACCAGUCGCCGCAGCUGGGCCUGAAGUUCUACAAAAACGUCAUCCCGGAGAUGCACAUCCACCUCUGCAACUCCUGCGGGAAGUUCUUCCACGCGCAGGCCUGGGAGAAGGAGACGCUGGCCAGCGAAAAGUGCCCCUUCUGCUUUGCCUCCACGCUCACCAAGCCGAAAAAGUUCCAGGCCGGACAGAACGAGCGCCUCCUGUUCGUGCGGAAAACGGAAAUCUGAAGAGAUCCGCUGCAGUGCAGUAGAGCCCGGGGGGUAGAAGUCGAGUAUGGGUUCGGUAUAAGAUGUAGUAAAAAAACCCAAUGUUGAAAAUAUUCGGCGGGGCGCUGGUGCAGCUUCAGGCAUCGGAAGAAGUGGGUCGCUUUUUAUUUCCAUCUCGAACGGUUUUUUGCACAACGGGUUCAUUAACGAAUUUAUGUUGGGAAUUCAUCACAAAACCAAUAGUACAUCCUGAGCGAUCUUUUUAUCAAAGGCAAUUAGGUCAACAAACAGAAAAAUUUGAAUCGUCCAGAUACAUACGUAGCAACCAGUCUUUUAUUAGUUUUACGUCCAGUAACAGUAGCAGGUCUUUUGUUCAAGCAUGACAACUGCGACAAAAGGCAAAUGCGAUACUUAGGGUCAGAAGUGCAGUUGGGUAAGAGUCCGAAAAAGUUGCCGCAGGGCCGGAGAAUAGCGGGUGAGAUGUGAGUGACGUGGCCUGUUGAUCUCCCUGUACCUGCUGCGUGCGCGUGUAGAAAUUGAUGUACAACGGAUUCACAAUUCACAGACAACCAGCCGUGUCGGUCACCCCUCAACUACGCCCGUGUACAAUAUGACUGAAUAAAGAUACAAUUCCAUUGCAUGCGGUAUCUAUAGCGCGACCGUAACAU